GAUAACGUCAGAGAUGACGAUGACAAAAAUAAUCAAGUCGACAACAAUGAUGAAAAUUAUUAUAACGACACUGACGAAUGUGCCGGAGUCUCACAGGUUUUAUUAUGUUGAUGUGAAAGUGGGUUAGUGCUGCCUGGGCUGUUGAUAACAUUGGAUUCUGUUGAUGAACUGAUCAAAUCUGUUCUCCAAAAGGAACUUCAAAGUACAGCUGCCCUUUGCAUAAGUGUGGGCAGCAACUAAUGGAUGUUCCCACUAAUCAACCCUGCAUGUCGCCAGGCCAGUUAGAUGCCCCCUCAAGAUGUCCAUAGAGUCCGUGAGACACCGUUCUCAUCAUCCACCGCUCCAUCUGUGUAAUUGCUUCCUUGAGAGAUUACAUUCCCGCCAGUGACAGCACCAAUUAGGCAGUCAGGAGGAAAAUACGACAAUAAGGCCCUACUUAGCAGAGAAAAGUAGCAUUCGGAUAGAUAUCAGCAUAAUCUUAAUGAGUCAACAAACAUGACAUUUAGAUGUGCUCUCACGCAAAUGCUUGAGUUUGGCCCGCAUAUGCGGGAGACCCGGUUUCCUUCAAGGAUGGUACUCGGUAACCUUGAAGGGGAGGAAAAAUUUGGCAAAGUUACAGAUAUGAGUUGCAAGAUUUCAAAUCUGAGUAAUUGAUGAUAAGGGUUUGACAAAAGGGUUUAUGGUUUGUCCUUUUAAGGAAUGUCUCACGCCUCUGAUGUCAGGAUCCCAAUUGCAUGGUCACUGCUGAUGCAGACUACAAACCCUUAAACCACACCUACACUGCGACAUCUGAUUGGACUUACGCACAUGUUGCUAUCAUUUAACAAUCAGACAGGAGAGAAUCCCUGUCUCUGUGUCUCUUGUCUGAUAGUCCAUCACAAAAGGAUUUAAGUCCUUGAUCAGAAACUGUAACUCAGCUUCUACAGACCAUCAUCCUCAGCUCAGACUGAUCUGUAAAGAUGUACCGUGGACUAGUGUUACUGUUCUUGGUUUUGGUGCUGGAAACCCGAUGGAGUGAAUCGAGCUGUCAGCAGUCUCAAGAGUCUCAAAGAUCAGAUUCAAACGAGAGUCCAAGUUUUCGGCUGUCGGCUCAUAACCUGCUGAAGAGGUAUAAUGACAUAGAUUAUGACAGUUUCGUUGGAUUAAUGGGGCGUAGAAACGCCGGCACAGACGAUAUACCACCCCAACGUAAAAGGGAAAUGCAUGAUAUCUUUGUUGGACUCAUGGGUCGACGAAGCGCUGACCCUGAAACUGGGCGUCCAUGGAGGAAAGAUAAUCCAGAAACAAGCAGAGGCAUUUUCUUCAACAAAUGCAAACUGAGAUUUCGUCGUGGGUUAUAGGCAAAUGAAUUAUUUCAUAUCCGGUAAAUCGUCUGUACCACCCUGUCAUGACAGCUUCUUUUCAAGACAUUUCUUUGGAGCAAAAUAAUUUAUUUUACAAAAGUAAUAGAGCAAAAGAAAAUAUUUAUAUAAAAUGAAUCAAAUAAACAUGAUUUCCUAUGG